UUGAAUUCCGUAAUGGCGUCAUGUCAAGUCGGUAGUGUGUGUCAGUGAUGUUUGUGAAGUGAUAUCUUAGAAUUUCUAACCAAAAUAACAGUGUUCAGUGUUGUUAUUCAGUGUUGGUGGUGAUAAUUUUAUCCUAACUUGGAUUAUAAUUGUGUGGAAGGUGUCUAGGAUUAGAAUACAUCUUGUUGAAUCUCAGGGAAUAUGACACUACCAGAGGGAUGAUCGUUUCAAGGAUAGCUGCCUUUAUACACUGAAGGUGGAAUGGAGGGAGGCAUCCGAGCCGUAGACGUGCUGGGGGUCCUGGAGGAGCGGCUGGCGGUGUUGUCGGGGGGUCGUGACAGGAGGGGGGCGCUGCUUUCCUUCCCAGCGACGGCACGCCGCGAGCGCGCCAAACCCGACGACUAUCGCCGUCUCCUGCAGUAUCUCCUCACUGUGCCCAGUGAGGAGGUGCGUGAGCUAGGGUUCACGGUGGUGAUCGACAUGCGUGGCUCGACGUGGUCGACGGUGAAGCCCAUCCUGAAAGUGCUGCAGGAGCAUUUCCCCGGCUCCGUGCAUCAGGCCUACAUCAUCAAGCCUGACAACUUCUGGCAGAAACAGAGAACGUCGCUAGCCAGUCACAAGUACAAGUUCGAGACAAAUAUGAUAAGUUUAGAAGCACUGCCCAAGAUAAUAGACACAGGACAACUGACAUCUGAUCUGGAGGGGACACUACACUACGACCAUGCUCAAUGGAUAGAGAUGAGAAAGGCUCUGGAGGAUCUGAUGUGGCAAGCAGCUGAUCUGCUGGAUCACCUGGAUGACCUUCAGGAUGACCUUGGCAGGAGUGACCUUGGAGAGGAUGUGGGCGGGGCUAAGCGUAGCCUUGACCUACAUGCCGACAUGAUGAAGAAGAUCAUGAAGGCACCGGUCAACGAUAUUGAUAUUAUGGGACAGCAACUCAUACAGAGGUUAUCGGGCGAUAGUAAUAGCGGGUACGACAGCGGCUACUCGGGCCGCGACUCGGAAGCCAGCUCGGGUGUCUCGAACCCCGACCUGCAGGCGGCCGUGCCCCAAAUACUCCAUAGCUUAGAAUCAAUUAGGACAUCGAAGAACCAACUGCUCCAGCUCUGGCACCACAAGAAGCUAAAGCUCGACCAGUGCUUUCAAUUGAGACUGUUUGAACAAGACUGCGAAAAGAUGUUUGACUGGAUCUGCCAUAAUAGAGACGUCUUCCUUAUGAACUAUGUAGAGAUCGGUAACUCGUAUAAAUUAGCCAAGGACCUUCAGGAGGAACACAAUCACUUUACAAUGAGCUCAAUGAACGUGUACGUGAACAUCAACCGGAUUCUGGCGGUGGCGGCGCAUAUGAUGGAAGGCGGUCACUACGCAGGCGCACACAUCAGGGCGGUGGCCGCGCGCCUGGACCGCGCCUGGAAGGAGUUUGCCGCCGGUCUCGAUGAACGCACUGCCGUUUUGGGGUUGUCUGUGCUAUUCCACCAUAAGGCUGAACAGUAUGUGGAGAAUGUGCCAGCCUGGGGCCAAGCAUGCGAGAACAUGGCCAUACCCAGUGAAAUAAUGGUUCUCGAGUCUGCCAUACACCAACAUCGAACACUCUACGAUUCCAUGUGCCAAGCUUACACCGAAGUUCACAGUACAAGUAAGAAGCUUCUCUAUCAGAUAGACCACGUGGUGCAAGUCUGCAAUCAACCGAUGCUCGAUCAACCACUAAGAAAGCAUAAGACUGACGGGGGCGGCAGCGGAUCGGAGAGCUCAGUGGGCGGUGGUGCCAGUUCGUCGCGGCAACUUGGCAACCCUGCCGCCGACUACUCGGAGGGUGCCAGUCACGUGUUGGAUGUCAUCCACCAGAUACUCAACCACCAUCGCAACCUCGAGCAUCGCUGGCACUCCAAGAAGAUCAAGCUGCACCAGCGGUUGGCGUUGAGGCUGUUCCAGGAGGAUGUCAAACAGGUGUUGGAUUGGCUGGCCAAUCACGGCGAGGUGUUCCUGAGGAAGAACACAGGCGUUGGCAGAACGCUGCAGAAAGCCAGGGUUUACCAGAACAGCCAUCAACAUUUCGAGAACGUUGCACAGGUAUUGAGUGAUUUCUAUCAAGCAAGAAUCAGCUAUUGCAACACAUACACGAACGCAGAGAAGCUGCUGACGGCGGCAGAGGAGCUGGCACAGACGGGCGAGUGCAACGCUGAGGAGAUCUGGGAGGUGGCCCACCAGUUGGAGUCACACGUCACCAGCUUCGCAGCACGCGUCGAACAGCGUAGGCGCCGCUUGGAUUUGGCUGUCCUUUUCUACACGCAUCAGAAAGAGUUUGAGCGGUGGGUGGAGGAGUUGAAGAACGGAGGCGGUGAUGAGUUGGGUGUGGCAGGGGAGGGUGCAGACGGGGGCAGCCUGGAGGCGGCAGAGCGGGCUCUAGAGGCGGCGGCCCAGCAGAGGGACUCCUGUCUCGACGCCUGUCGAAACACCAUCGCCCAGGGUCAAGCGCUGCUACAGGAGCUCAGGAGCGUGGGCCUGACUGGGGAGAUGGACUCAGGUGGUGGAUCAGUGGCAGCCGUCGAGUCUGCACUGGAUCGUCUCAGCAAGCAAAGGGAGGAGCUGGAGGAGUUGUGGGCCAAUCGCAAGCUCAGGCUCGACCUCUGUCUCCGGCUCAGGCUGUUCGAACGCGACGCUCUUGAGGUGUCAUCACGCUUGGAGUCGUGGUCGAGUGAGCUGGAGCACUCUGAGCUGAGCUCUGACAUGAACCAGGCCGAACAGCUGCUGCGGCUGCACAACGAACAUGUCACUCACAUGCAGAACACCACCUUCCAAGUGCUGCAACAGGGACAGGAACUAGCUCAGGUGUUUGAGACAUCUGGUGUGUCGGUGAUGGCCGACAGUCAGUACUCGGCGCAGACCAGGGUUCAGGUUUUGCUGGAGUUUCUGCACGAACGUGAAAUGGACCUCGAAGAUCUGGCCGAAAUGAAGCGAGUCAAACUCGAGCAGUGUGUGCAGCUCUGUCAGUUCAGGACUGAUGCUAAUCAGGUUGUGAGUUGGAUUCGUAACGGCGAGGCGAUGUUGACGGCCAGCUUCACAGUGCCCACUUGCCUGCAGGAUGCCGAGCUGCUCAAGAAGGAACACGAACAGUUUCAAGUGGCCAUCGAAAAAACGCACACAUCAGCAGUGCAGGUGAAGCACCGCGCCGACGCUCUGAUCAGCGCGAACCACUACGAUCCGGCUGGCAUCCGGGAGGUGGCCGAGGAGGUGACCAAGCGCUGGCAGCAGCUUGUCACCUCCGCCGAGGAGAGGCACAAACUCGUCACCGCUAGUCUCAACUUCUUCAAGACGGCUGAACAGGUAUGUUCGGUGCUAGACAGCCUGGAACGCGAGUACAAGCGGGACGAGGACUGGUGCGGCGGCAGCGGGAAUGUGCCUGUGCCUCAACUGAUCAACAAGCACCAGGAGCAGAAGGAGGCAUUCCUCAAGGCAUGCACGCUGGCACGCCGCACCGCCGAGACCUUCCUCAAGUACACCAGUCGCAGUCUCCAGUACUACAACUACUCCGGAUCGGAGGCCGGCUCUGAGACUAGGGUCAAAGGUAUCCUAGAACAACUGCUUAGUCAAGAGAACAAGGUGCUGGAGCACUGGAGCCAACGCAAGAAGCGGCUGGACCAAUGCCAGCAGUUCAUUCUGUUCGAGAGAUCCGCUCAGCAGGCUCUCGACUGGAUCCAUGACACCGGUGAACAAUACCUCAGCUCUCACACGUCGGUCGGCAGCACUCAGGAGGAGACAGAGCGGCUGUUGCGCGAGCACAAUGAGUUCAAGGGCACGGCGAAGGAGACGCGGGAGCGCGUGAAGCUGCUGCUGCAAUUGGCCGACAGUUUGGUGGAGAAAGGCCACGCCCACGCGGCCGCAAUCAAGCAGUGGGUGGCCGCCGUUGACAACCGAUACAAGGACUUCUCGCAGCGCAUGGACAAGUACCGAACUCAGCUGGAAGAAUCGUUGGGAAUUCAGACAGAGACAGAGGUAGAAAGUCGCCAGGAACUGGCCAUUGAUCGUAACUCGGAUCCCAACAUAGAGGCCAAAGUCAAAGAAUCCACCAAGGAACUCAACGAAGAGAAACGCAGAUCAGCAAGGCGAAAAGAAUUCAUAAUGGCGGAGCUGCUGCAAACGGAGCGCACCUACGUGAAGGACCUGGACACGUGCAUCAAAGUGUUCCUGGAGGAGUUGCGCAGUGCGCCGUCGCAGUGUGUGCCGCUGGGCAUCCAGGGCAGGGAGCAGACGGUGUUCGGCAACAUCGAGCACAUCCGCGACUUCCAUCGCGACGUCUUCCUCAAGGAGUUGGAGAAGUACGAGACAAUGCCCGAGGAUGUCGGCCAUUGUUUUGUCACCUGGGCGAUAAAGUUCGACAUGUACGUGAAGUACUGCAAGAACAAGCCGGAGUCGAACUCACUGCUGGUGCAGCACGGAGGCAGCUUCUUCGAGGAGCUGCAGAAGAAGCACCGAGUCGAGCACCCGAUCGCUGCCUACCUCAUCAAGCCGGUGCAGCGCAUCACCAAGUACCAGCUGCUCCUCAAGGAUCUGCAGUCCUGCUGUGACGAGGGCCAGGGCGAGAUUAAGGACGGUCUGGAAGUAAUGCUGAACGUGCCGAAGAAAGCGAACGACGCUCUGCACCUGUCGCUGCUGGAAGGCUGUGAUACGAGCCUGGAUGAGCUCGGUGAAGUGGUGCUGCAGGACACCCUCCACGUCUGGGACCCCAAGCUGCUCAUCAGGAAAGGCCGCGAACGCCACUGCUUCCUAUUCGAACUCUACCUGGUGUUCAGUAAGGAGGUCAAAGACUCCAGCGGCAAGGCAAAGUACAUCUACAAGAACAAGCUGGUUACAUCAGAGCUGGGAGUGACUGAACAUAUUGAAGGCGAUGAAUGCAAGUUCGCCGUAUGGACAGGUCGAGCUCCGAUUUCAGACUACCGUAUUGUGCUCAAGGCCUCGUCACUGGAUGGCAAACAGCAGUGGGUGAAGAAGCUGCGGGAGGUGAUUCAGGAGACCUACUUCAGUUCUGCGCUGCCCCUCAGUCUGCCAAAGAGUCCUGCCAAACUCAAGCCGGGCAGUCAACGAUCUAGCAGGGAUCUGGAGGAUUCGGCAUCAUUAGACGAGAGUGUGGAGAAUCUUGACCGAGGCUCUCUGGCGUCCUUUGGAUCUGGAAAUACGACCGACUCGGAUAAGCAACCGGCAACAGCAGUAGAGAUGACCUGGGUGGUGGCGGAUCACGUGGCAGCUGCGCCCACGGAGCUGUCGGUGAGCAAGGGUCAGCAGGUGGAGGUGGUGGAGGGGGGCGACGCCUGGUGCCUGGUGCGGAUGCCGACUGCGGGUGUCGAUUCGCCCCUCGAAGGACUGGUGCCCGUCGCUGUGCUCAAGGGCGGUCACCCGUCCAAGACCAGUGCCGCCGUCGCGUCGCCUGCUAGGCGCACCGCCAACGAGCACGAGCUUGAUCCUGGACCAAAUGAUGGCGGGGGGCUCGGAGCGGCGAGCUGUAGUUCGGCAUCAGUUACCACCAAUUCUCCAGUCAACAAACGAAGGGUGUUCAGUGGACGAAAAUGGCUACCGCCCCCGCUGCGGAAACUAAGCGGCGGAAAGGUGGAGAAGACAGGGGGGGCCAAUGUGACCAACGCCCCCGAUAGGCCGCCCCUCAAGAAGACCGCCUCCGAUAAGAGGUUCAAGACGCCGCUGGUGGGAGAAAAGCCAACGGUGGCCGUUGAGGAGGACACGUCACGUGACCAGAACGGUGGCGAGGAGGGUGAGGAGGAGCUGGAACUGCCCCCACCCAUGAAGCCAAUAGCCGCCCCUUCCGCCACUGCCUCCAAGGACGAUUCGCAAGGCCAACGGGCGUCGAGUCUAGCGUUGGAGGGGGGCGCCGCCUCUGUUGAUCUUGCUGAAAUCGAGCAGAUCGUCAAAGAAAGAAUGGAGCAACAUAGUGAGAAACAGUCGAAACUAGGUUCUACUUGCACGUCGACGUCGGGGGCCAGCGACCUCACAGCAACAGCGUCGGUCGUAACAGCUGCCCCAAUGUCAGCUGCCGAGACCAAAGAGUCGGCGCAAAAGAUGCGCAACUACAUCAUACAGGAAUUGGUGGACACAGAACGGGACUACGUUCGGGACCUGUCGAUGGUGGCGGAGGGAUACAUGCGGCUGAUGCGGGACCCCGACUGCGAGAUCCCCAUGCCUGAGGGACUGCGAGGUGGACGCGACAAAAUGGUAUUCGGCAACAUGGAGGCCAUCUACGAGUGGCAUAGGGAUUUCUUCCUGAAAGCCUUGGAAAGGUGUAUACAGCAUCCGGAGGAGCUAGGACCUCUUUUCAAGAAAUAUGAGCGGAAACUACACAUGUAUGUGGUGUACUGCCAGAACAAGCCAGUCUCCGAAUACAUUGUCUCAGAAUACAUUGAUACAUAUUUUGAGGAACUGAAACAGAAACUAGGUCACAAGUUGUCGCUGUGCGACCUGCUGAUCAAGCCGGUGCAGAGGAUAACCAAGUACCAGCUGCUGCUGGACAAUAUCUACAAGUACACAGAGAAGGCGCAAAUCUACGCCGAAAUCGAGAACCUGCGUCAGGCUAAGGACAUCAUGUGUGUUGUGCCAAAGGCGGCCAACGACAUGAUGAACGUCAGCCGGUUGCAGGGAUUUGAUGGCAAGAUAACAGCUCAAGGCAAGCUGCUUUUGCACGGCGCCCUACACUGCUUCGAGGGCACCGGCUCCACACCCAAGGCCGAGGUGAAGGCCAAGGAGCUGCGAGUCUUCCUCUUCGAGCAGAGCAUCAUAUUCAGCGAGGCACUCGGCAAGAAGACUCAGUUCACCGACCCUGUCUACAACUACAAAAAUCAUAUACAGGUGAACAAGAUGAGCCUGGAAGAGCGUGUGUCGGGCAGUUGGCUGGGCGAGGAGACGGGAGUGGACGCGUUCUGUGUGCGCUCGACAGACCCGCAGAAGCCGGCGCUGGCCUACACGUGUGUGGCGCCUUCGACCGAGAAACGCAUCGAGUGGCUGCACAAGCUGCGUGUCAUCCUCCAGACGCAGAAGGACUUUCUCAAGGCCAUACAGUCGCCCAUCGCCUACCAGAAGGAGCUCACCAAGGAUCCGCCCGCCUCGCUAAAGGACAGUGAUUCCUUGGCACCGAGCGGCUUGAAAACAUAGUCAUCAACAUUUCUCGCGCGGAACGGCGUGAGACCCAAAUAAUUCAAUUUUCCCUCUCCAAGAUCUGCCAACCUUCGGCUCUCGAAUUCCCCUUGUAAGGAACACAGCUUCGCACCGUUCAGGGAAAAAUAUCCCUGAAUAGAACGCGAGUUAAUGUUCUGAUCUUGUGAUGCGGUAGAAGAGUUGAAUCUCCUGAUUUCCUCAAACUUUUGUGGUGCCGGUGAGACUAAGUGGAUUCCGAACCUACGGAUAGUAGCUAUCAACGGAAAGAUAGCGUUUCUGGUCACAAAACGGUCACCCUUACAAGGGCAGUUCCUAGCGCGCGUCACUUCAGAUACUGCGUCGAAUAGUAUCUUGAAAAACAAGAACAAAUUCCAAUGUUUUGACACAGAAGAAAUCUUCUUGUCAGAAAUGAGUGCAGAAUCUGUGAUGAUUCCUAAUAUUGAUUAGUUGUAGAUUUCGAUAUCACACAUAAGAGGCCACAAAUUAUCAAAUAUAUGAAGUAAGCAUGUAUAAAAGCAAGAUUUAUUCUCAUCAACAAAUUAAUAUUGGAAGUUGAAACUUCUUUGGAUGUCCACCAUUGUUUUAGAAUACCUGCUGAAUAGAAUCUGUGAUUCAAAAUGCAUUGUUAUUUUAGAUUAUUAAAUCAUAAGUGUAAGCAUUGUGAAAAUAUUUAUCCUAAAAUUAUGAACACCUAUUGAGAAGUGAUAUGCCCUACACUUGGAUGUGGUGUGAGAGAAAUCCCUUUGAAAUCAAUGGAAAUGCAAGUUAAUAAGUAUUAUUUUACGCGGUUAACUAUAAAAGUGUCGUAGACCAGCGAAUUCCUAAAUUAUUGAUCAUUAUUUAUUUCAAAGAUCGAUGAUGAUUUGUACAUAGUACGUUCUCUUUUUCUAUUUUAAUCCUGUAUUUUUAAUUAUUGGAAAAUGUUAUUUAUGAUAACUUAUAAUAAUUGUAGUUGAUGUGAUUACUUUGACGUGCCUCCAGCACGGACUGUUGUGAUACUUGUAAGUACUGUGUAGUGUGUAAGUAACGGGUAACUUGUGUAUGAACGUUUAUAAUGAGGGAAUGACUUUUCAAACUAAGCUGGAAAUAAUUUCGUAAAAUUGUUGAUUGUAAUGCGAGUGUAUGUGUAUAUAAAGUUUGCAUAUUUAUGGUUUUUCACUGUGUGUAAAUUUAAAUUUUCAGUUAGUUUACUUUUGAUGACCAUGAUGGUAAUAAUAAUUAUUAUUUUUCCAUUUCCCUAAAAGUCUAUACAUAUUAUAUAUUUGUUGCCUCUGACCAAAUUAACUGAGCAAAUAAUAGUUGGCUAGUGAAUGUUGUAAUAUUAAAUAAUUGAGUAUAGAUGAUUUUUUCGUUACCAAGGCUAGUUGUAUUGUUUUAUACGAUGUGAAUUUUCGGAUAACAUGAUCAAUGUUGAUACUAUCUAUUGUAAAAUAUUAUGUGAGAAUGAAUAUAAAAAGUAAAAUACUGUCAUUCAUAUUUUAACCGAUACGUACAUAAAUUAUCAUGUGAAUCACAUGGUAUUUGUCGGGUUAUCAUGAGUGUAUUUCGAUAUUGUAUUAUUACUUGUAUUAUUACUUGUAUACAGUAAUUCACCUUAUAUGUUGUAUCAAUAUUAAACCAUUACAAUUUUUGUAGGUCCAUUGUGUAGUAACUGAAAUUCAAAUAAUUGUUAUCCCGAAUUGAUGCAGCUUUACGUUGAAAUUUGUUAAUCACAGAAAUUGGUAAUUAAAGUAAGGUAUUUAAAAUUUAUGAUUAGGGAAAAUUGAGUUUUCCAGCAUAGAAACUGUGAGUUAGAUUCCGAAAUGUUUCUCGAUAGUUCUACAUCUAUUCAAAAUUGGAAAGUUUAUUUUUGUAGACGGAGGUUCUUUGUUUAGAACAAAAUAUGGCAUUAAUGUUUUUUUCAGUUUGAGUAGCUUCAAACCAAGAUUAAAAAUGUAUUUCAAUUAUUAAAAGAAAAAUUGCUAAUUUUCCAUUCAGUAAAUUUUCUUUUUGAAAUAUAAUUGAAUAACUUGAAAGUUUUUAAAUAUAGUUGAUGUUUCGUAAAUAAGGCUAUAAGGAAUCACUUUUCAGUUAUCCUAUUAUCUCUGAACUAGUCACAAAGUAAUAAAAUACAAGCUAGCGUAUUAUUGUUUUUAUUAUUGAACAAAAUCCUCCUAGCUAGUGUUGAUAUUAUUGACAGAUGCUUUCAUUGUAGGAAGGCUUUUUGUUUUGAACUGAAAAGAGGAAACUUUAUUUAUGUAGCUGAAAUAAAUUAUGUUUAUUUUUGAAUAUAUGAGCCACAGAACUACUGAAUAUGAUACACUCAAUGUGAAAAAAUUAUGUUUCAAGUGGCUUGCAUUCAUAACAAUAUAAUAUAUUAAAUACACACAAUCCAAUUCAAGAUAAAUCUUGUCAAAUCAAUUUAGAACUGCAUACAAAAUGCUCGGUAGGCCAACAUCAUAAAAUGUUCUAUCAUGUAAAUAUUAUAAAUAAUGAAUAAGAAUAGAUAAAGUAAAUUGAAAAAUUAAAUGUAUGUUUGUACAUAAGAAAAUAGAAUUCAGUGACUUUGUGAUAA